AUGGAUACCACAUUCUCACCCUCGCGAGUCCCUCAAGCCCCUCCUCCAUCCCCCGUCUCUUCGCCUCCCUCAUCCCACAUGUCCACACCUUAUCCAUCCCGCGCGUCUAGCCCUCCUCCUAUAGGACUCGCUAGCUCUCGCAAUACUGGAUGGGGCAGGGCAGAUUUGGAUAACGAUGAACUGGCUAGCUUGAAAAUGAGACUGCGAUCCGCUGAGAGUGUUAUGCGUAUUGAAACACUUAAACGCAACAUCGCCUAUAUCUUGGACCGUCAUGCCUUGUCGAUUUCUAUGUCCGCCGUGCCGGCGUCUAUGUCCGCAGGUCAAUUUCUUCCUCCAAAGGAUCAGUUUGUAAACUCAACCCAGCCGUCCCUCAAUACUUCAGACACUAUCAAUAUGGCCUCCACUGCAACCAAUGAACAAGCCGAUUUCACAAAGAGCGAGAACAUGCAACCUGUUCCUGCUCAAGAGCUAUCCGAAAUUGGUAAGGCACAACCAGACUGUCACAUUUGGCCCGACAAAUCUGAUGAUUUCAUGCUAGACGGUGCCGCAGAAUAUCUCAAGCAGACCGCAGCUAUCGGGUUUACUUACAAGAUGGACAUCAACGCCGCUGAAAAGCUCAAGUUGACUACAGAGGUUGUACUGUCCCACAAGACAUCUGAUGCUGAGAAUGGUGGAGAAAAAAACUUCAUCAAGGAGGGUGACAUGAAGGACAAUGCCAUCAAGGAAGUCGACAUCAAGGAUGGUAGCAUCAAGGAGAUCAGCACUAAGAAUAACGGUGUCAAGCAAGUCAAAACCAAGAUCGGCAGCGUUAAGAAAGACGAUCAUGUUGACGACACCUGGGUCCAUGUGAAUCCCCGAACCAUUGUCAGGCGUCCAGGCACUCGAAACAUGAACGCCCACAAGGCAAGCGGGGCCGAUGAUGAGUUCCCCGAUUACGAUGAAGAACGUGCCAUGGACCUGCUUCGCUACCCUCCCCCGCCAUAUACAAUCCGUGUACGCAGUCGAGAGGUCCAGCAGGCUAUCGAGGAUGAUUUCGUCGUUGUGGAGCAUGAACAGAGUCCACACCCCGUUGGACUUCUCGAUGCGAUUGUGCAGCGGGCUGGACACAGCAAGCCGGCUGUUGAUCAAGAUGACGAACAGCCUCCUGUUGAGCAACCACAGCCUGCUUAUUACUAG